AUGAGGAUCUUUAAUAUCGCAUUCCUUCUUGUCGGUCUUAGUGGGCUGCCUAUAUGCCUUGCCCAAGUCGACGAAUCGCGACUCCCCAGCUUUGAGGAUAAUUCAUCAUCCUUGUGGAAGCGUGCUCAGUGCGUCAUUCCAGCAAAGAAUACUGGAGACGAUGACUCCCCGGCCAUUCUCGAGGCGUUUAGGAAAUGUGGUAAGAGUGGCCGUAUCAUCUUUACAAACACUACGUAUCAUAUUGGAAAAGUGAUGAAGACUAUUGGCCUUAGAGAUACCGAGAUCCAGAUCCGCGGCACUCUUUUAUGGAGCACUGAUAUUGAUUACUGGCUUAAUAACUCUAUUCCAAAUGGCUAUCAAAACCAAUCCAGCGCAUGGCAUCUUGGCGGGGAGAGGCUUACUAUUCGCGGCUUCGGCUACGGCACGUUGGACGGAAACGGUCAAGCCUGGUACGAUUUUGUCAAAGGCCAGUCUAAUUACCCAGGCCGUCCACAUCAAAUUACCAUCAUCGGAGCAAAGGACAGUGUGAUUGAAGGCCUCCGUUUUGUGCAGUCGCAGAUGUGGACUAUGACGAUUCGCGAUUCCGACAAUGUGCUGCUUCAAGACAUAUACGUGAAUUCGACAAGCUCCAGUAAGAAUCCGGCACGUAAUACGGACGGCGUGGAUGGAAUGUUUAGCAACCGCCUGACGUUCCGCCGCUGGCACAUAGUCAAUGGAGAUGACUGCAUUUCCUUGAAGGCAAACUCAACAAAUGUCCUCAUCGAAGACAGUACCUUUAUCAAAGGGUUAGGGUUUGCUCUGGGAAGCAUUGGUCAAUACAAUGGAAAGUACGAAAGGAUUGAGAAUGUCACACUGCGUAAUACCAACGCAAUAAAUACCAAGCACGGGGCAUACAUCAAGACGUUUACUGGAGAUGUGAUUGGGUACCCACCCAAUGGUGGAGGAGGCGGCCUGGGACAUAUUAAGAACAUCACUAUCACUGGCUUAAAUUAUACCCUUGGACGUGACGAGGCGUUUCAGAUUACCCAAUGCGUCAGUUUUCAGGGCACGCCUGGCGAUUGUAACACAUCCCGAUUUAACAUCUCAGAUAUCACGCUACGAGAUUGGUAUGGUAGCAUGAACAACUCCUAUAAUGCGUUCAUGCGCUGCAGUAGUGCAGCCGAGGGUUGUCGAAAUUUUCACAUCGAUGCUGAAACAUUUGAUAUCAAGAAGACGGGAGAUGGAACUAGGGCAGACAAGUUUGCAUGCCGAAGUGUUGGACUCCCAAGAGUCGGGUUCGAAUGUUCUUGA